GAUGGUGACAUGGUCCGGCUGGCAGCCGUCUUGAUUUGUCUUUCUUCUUGUUCCAGAGUUGUUUUCCAAGAUCCUGCUGGAUCUUGUUAACUCUUUUCUGUUGGUCCGGUUGUUUCGGAAAUGUUACCUCUUCAAUAAGCAUAUAUUGAUUGGUCAACAAAUUUAGAAAGAUUCAUGUUCUAUUAUGAAACCGAAUAUAUUUUUCAUUCUUCUCUUCUUUCUCAUUUAUGCUCUUGCAACACUUCUUGAAGCCUCCACCAAUAGCGAUGGAGGAUUCAUACUUGAAGAAAAUGAAAAGACCCGAAUCAAAAGAUCCGAUUUUCCAUCCGGGUUUCUCUUUGGAACCGGCACUUCUGCAUACCAAGUUGAAGGAGCCUAUCUUGAAGAUGCAAAAUCCUUAAGCAACUGGGAUGUAUUUUGUCACUCUUUGGGUUGUGGAGAAAAUGGGGAGAAUGGAGAUAUUGCAGAUGAUCAUUAUCACAUGUUCUUGAAAGACAUUGAGUUGAUGCAUUCCCUUGGGAUACAAGCAUACAGAUUUUCGGUAUCUUGGGCUAGAAUUCUUCCAAGAGGAAGGUUUGGUAAAGUCAAUCCUGCUGGCAUCAUGUUCUACAACAAGAUCAUAGACAAUCUGAUUCUCAAAGGAAUUGAACCAUUUGUGACAAUUCACCAUGUAGAAUUUCCUCAAGAACUUGAAGACAUAUAUGGUUCUUGGCUAAACCCUGAAAUGCAGGAAGAGUUUAUAUAUUUUGCAGAUGCCUGUUUCAAGUUUUUUGGAGACCGAGUGAAGUAUUGGAUCACCAUAAACGAACCUCUAUUACUCGCAGAAAUGGCUUACGAAUUGGGGGUUUUUCCACCAUUCCAUUGUUCCGGGCCUUUUGGAAACUGUCUUGAUGGGAAUUCAGAUGUCAAGCCUAUUAUCGCUAUGCACAAUAUGUUGUUGGCCCAUGGCAAGGCAGCCAAGCUAUAUCAUGAAUACUUCCAGCCUAAACAAGGUGGCUCAAUUGGUCUCACUGUUAACAGUAAAAUGUAUGAACCACUAACGAAUAGUGAACUCGAUCACCAAGCUGCCAGAAGGGCAUUUGUUUUUCAGUCUGGCUGGACACUUGAUCCCUUGAUAUUUGGAGACUACCCGGAAGAAGUUAAGGAAUACCUUGGUUAUGAAUUACCAAGCUUCUCCCACGAUGAAAAGAAUUUUAUGAAGAAUAGCAUAGAUUUUAUUGGCAUCAACCAUUAUUCGACUACAUACGCCAAGGAUUGUACUAAUUCUAGUUGCUCUGCAACUGAGAAUUGUGCAAUCCAAGGUUUUGUGGGGACGGUUGGAGAGCGUGAUGGUGUGCUAAUUGGUGAACAUACGGCUGUAGAAGGAUCGUAUGUUGUUCCUAGAGGCAUGGAAGAGAUUGUUAACCUUAUCAAGAUUCGAUAUAAUAACAAGCCCAUGUUCAUUACUGAAAAUGGGUAUUCUUCACCGGACGUGCACGAACAGAGAGUUGAUGAACUAAUUAAUGACGUCAAGCGAAUUGAAUAUCAUGCCAGUUACCUUGCUUCAUUAGCCAAGUCAAUUAGAGAGGGAGCAGAUGUACGUGGAUAUUUCGCAUGGUCAUUUAUGGAUAGUUAUGAAUGGUUGCAGGGUUAUGACGUAAAGUACGGAUUACACUAUGUGGAUCGACAAACCUUAACUCGAACGCCAAAGCUUUCUGCAAAAUGGUACAAGAAUUUUCUGACCAACAAUACUGAUCUUGUCAAUAUGGAAGCAUCAAGGGAAAAAUUAAACACAAAUGCAUAAGGUUUUAUGCAAAGAACGAGUUCAUAGUUCAACUAUAAAUUGUCCCAACAAUUUAACAUUUUUCUAGCUUUCAUUGGCUAUUUGGCUGUGUUUUUUUCUUACUAACUUCCUUGAUGUAUUGAAAAGCAGAAAAAGAAAUAAAACCCAAACUUCCUUGUUUUUUUUCUUA